AUGGACAGGCGGCGCCCCUUCGCAGUCCUGAUCCUUGUCUAUGUCCUGCAUCGCGGACUCACGUGUGAAGCACCGACUGAUGUCAGUGAAGUCUUCGAAAAGGUCACGCACAACGUAGGCAUACGGACGUGUUCAAAACAGGACAAAAAAUGGAAAGACGGCUCAAGCGUCCUGGUCUCUGAAUGCAUCGGCGGCAACUGGACGGAACUGAACGGCGGAUGCUCAGCGUAUAAAAAUAUCCUGGAAGACCCGAGCUGCGACCCAGCGGUUCGUCCGGCCGCCCCCGAGCUCUCCGUCGUCCUGUGGGAGGCGGACGCGGCCACAGUGUACGGAUGUGGCGGCGGUGCACUCUGGGGGUCCGGAAGCUUGGCCUUGGUGGUCCAGUGUGUCGAAGCGGCGUGGACGACCAUCGACGACUUUUGCACAGUGACUCAAAAAUUUGCCAACGAGCUCGACACAGUCGCGCAUAACCAUAUAUUUUGGUAUCCCGAAAAUCAAAGGCUUAAUCCAGGAAAAUUACAAAAGGUUAUAAAUCCAAGAACCAACGCCAUUUCUUACAUUAUUUCCCCCUCUUUUUUUUACACAGUGCCUUGUCCCGAAGGUUUCGUCAGCGUUCAAGGCGGGACUUCUUGCCUCUAUUUCUCCUCCGACGCCCCUUCCCUUGGCUUCGCUGGCGCUGCUCUGAGCUGCGGAAGGAAGAACGCAUCAUUAGCAAUAAUCAGGAGUGUGGCCGACCUCAGCACUGCACGUGUGGAUACUUUCUACUACACUGCUCAUAAUUUCAGAGGUGAUCCUUCACACAUGCCAUCAGUACCCAGUGUGGCUGACGGUAUAAGCUGCUAUGCUGAUUGUCAGGUUACAUCUGAGAAAGAGUGCGUGGCAGUGGCGGGCGAUGGAACGUAUCGAGUCCAGAGCUGUACUGAUUGGAACACCCACUUCCCUACUGUCCCGACGGUUACACGGAGUAUCUUGGCCAUUGUUACAAGGUCAACCCCAGCUGGAUCUUCUGUAACGACGUCCUUGCAAGACUGUGCUAAGGAGGGAUCUGACCUUGCUUACCCAGAGAAUAUGCACACACUUCAGUUCUUAGCUGAUCUCGUGAGGGACUACGCUGGCGAGAGUAGCAGCGAAACUCUCCGAGGCUACUUGGGUGUAAACAGACUACUCGGGUGGAACGAUGACGGCAUCUUCGCCCCGGACGCCGACAUCCUCGAGUCUCUGGGCGUCUCCGGCUUCGUCUACUUCGCCAGCGUGAUGGUCGGGCCCUCGCAGAACGCCAGCUUCAACGUCAGCGCCGUCGGCCACGCGAUCCCGGAAGGAAGCUACGCCGUCUGCAAGCUUCACGGCAUUCUGGACUGUUGGCGCGACCCUCACCCAGCCACAGCCAACAUGUCUCGCACUUGGGACCAGAGCAACGAACUGAAUGCUUGGGCCAACUAUACAUGCCAAGAAGGAUUCCACGUCAGCGCCAACGCGAAUCGAGUGACGCAACACCUGCCGUGUCGAGGCCAGCUCGGUGCGUGGGGACUCGCUCCUUGGGACUGCGCUCCUGACGGCUGUUUUGACGACCCCCCUCUCUCGCCGUCGCAAGUGACCAUGACCCCCAGUCUGGAUUACCGUAGUGAAGACGGGGUUAUUCUCUAUACAUGUCCAGCAGAUAUUGCCACGCUAGACAACGUUACUGUUCAGAAUGUCACGUGUACCAGAAGAUUUCCAAAAUUUGUGUUUUUGCCUGAGACAGUACAGGAAUGUUUAGUAUGCAUAGCCGAACCUACAGUCGGCAAUGCCACAACCGACUGGGACGAGACAGCUGUUUGGUACAUCGGGGACAACGUAACUGCAACAUGUCUCGACAAGUACCAUCUGCAUGGCGAUGUUGUCAGUCAGACCAUCACCUGCACAGCCACAGGAUGGCAGAAAGUGGAGGGAUGUGUCCUGAUUCCGGCCUCCCAGUCGCUAAGUUAA